GUCCAGUUCCGGAGACAUUCCUCCAUGUAGAUUGUUCAUGUUUAAACUGUUGUUGAUCGUUCCGUCCGGAGAAGAUAGAAGAGCCUAAUUGCUGUUUUCGAUAAUCAGUGCCAGUGCGUUACGUGGAUUGAGAACGCGAAGAUCCGACUGUUCAGUCAUCAAUUAACUUUUUCAUUUGGGACACCUAUUUAGAAUUUAAUUUAUUGUUAAUGUUGAUUAAUUUUCGGAAUUUUAACUGUUAAGUUUUAAAAUAUUUAGUGCUUCGAAUUAUCGCUUGUGUAAACUGUAAAUUUCCUUCCUUGUAAAGUGUAAGUUGAGCUUAAAAGUCGGACAAUCCCAUUCCGAACACAGAAUUCUCGACGACGAAGAAACAUUUGGAGGAUCACGAACACAGUCGCGAUCGCGAAGAACAAACAAACCACCGUAAUAUAAAAACACACGCCUCAAAGCCGAUUUCGGGAGCAGCCCUCUUGUGGCUGUGUGUGAUUGCCAUCAUCGUACAUUUGUGGUUUUUAUUAUUUUCCAACCAUCAUCCCCCUCCUACGUUCAUUCAUUACAAUCAAACGAACCUCUGCUGGACUGUUGUGUGACUCUUGCUGCUUGGCGUAGAAAUCGAAGCACAAAGCUGGAAACGUUCUGUGUACGCGAUCCCGAUCCCGGACCUGGAACGGUACCAAAAACAAAAACAACAACAACCGGGGAGAGAAACCUGAUAAAGCGAAAAUACCUUCCCUGUGGCUGUUGUAGGUUCCGCCGAAGAAGAAGUGCCCCAGUCUGCCAGUUGGGAAGAAGUGAACAACAAGAAGCCACGGAGCGACGAUAAAAAGCAGAAAAUCAACUUAUGACUUGUUUUUUUUUUCUUUCUUCAUUUCCUAUAAGAAAGAAGUGAAUAAUACCCAAGAAAACAAACUCCUCCCGAGAAGAGAAGUCCCCGAGAAGGCGGCGAAGAAGAAAAAGUUGUGUGUCUGAGUGAGUCUCCAAGAAGAAUCGUUACGUUGCUCGUGAAGGCCCUCGCACAGCACACGACAUCUCCCAGAGCCGUGUGUUUGUUAGAAGUUUUUUUUUUAUUAAGUGUUUUAUUUCAUAUACCCUAUCCAGAGAGUGGAUUGCAAAUUCAGGGGGAAUCCGUGAAAAAAUCCCGCAGGGGUCCCCGAAACUGGAAACUGUGAAAGCUCGCCAGAGUCUCGGUACUCUAGUUUGAAAAUCUACAAAACAAAAACCUAAGCAAAUCUGUCGUAAAAAAAUAACAUAAUCGCACAGCAGCAAGAUGGCAGAUGAUUUACGAGAUCGUAACGACCCGGAGCUGAAGUACCUGUCGGUCGAGCGCAGCUCCUUCAACGAUCCGGCCACCCAAGCCGAGUGGACACAGAAGCGCCUGGUGUGGGUGCCCCACGAGACACAAGGCUUCGUAGCGGCCAGCAUCAAGGGCGAACGAGGCGAUGAGGUCGAGGUGGAGCUGGCCGAAACCGGCAAACGGGUCCUGGUGCUCAAGGAUGACAUCCAGAAGAUGAACCCGCCCAAAUUCGACAAGGUCGAGGACAUGGCCGAGCUCACCUGCCUGAACGAGGCCUCGGUGCUGCACAACAUCAAGGACCGCUACUACUCCGGGCUGAUCUAUACAUACUCCGGUCUGUUCUGCGUGGUAGUAAAUCCCUACAAAAAGCUCCCGAUCUACACCGAAAAGAUCAUGGAGAAGUACAAAGGGAUCAAACGGCACGAGGUGCCGCCACAUGUAUUCGCCAUCACAGACACCGCCUACAGAUCAAUGUUGCAGGAUCGAGAAGAUCAGUCAAUCUUGUGUACCGGUGAGUCGGGUGCUGGUAAGACCGAGAACACAAAGAAAGUGAUACAGUAUUUAGCCUACGUGGCAGCAUCGAAACCGAAGGGAUCCGUUGCGGCACCGUCACCAGCACUUAUUAUUAGCGGACACUCAUCUAGCCUAUCGGGAGAACUGGAACAGCAGCUGCUCCAAGCCAAUCCGAUCCUGGAAGCCUUCGGUAACGCCAAAACCGUCAAGAACGACAAUUCUUCACGAUUCGGUAAAUUCAUUCGAAUAAACUUCGACGCCUCUGGGUACAUCUCCGGUGCCAACAUCGAGACGUACCUGCUGGAGAAAUCCCGUGCCAUUCGCCAAGCGAAAGAUGAACGUACAUUCCACAUUUUCUACCAGCUGCUGACGGGGGCUUCGCCGGAACAGCGCGAGAAAUUCAUACUGGAUGAUAUGAAAACGUAUCCGUUCCUGUCCAACGGGAGCGUGCCGGUACCGGGGGUGGACGAUGCGGUUGAGUUCCAGGCCACGGUCAAGAGUAUGCACAUCAUGGGCAUGACCGAGGAGGACUUCAACUCGAUCUUCCGGAUCGUGAGCGCGGUGCUGCUGUUCGGAUCGAUGAAGUUCAAGCAGGAACGCAGCUCGGACCAGGCUACCCUGCCGGACAAUACGGUUGCACAAAAGAUCGCACACUUGCUGGGGCUUAGUGUGACGGACAUGACCAAGGCCUUCUUGACGCCACGGAUCAAGGUGGGUCGGGACUUUGUAACCAAGGCACAAACCAAGGAGCAGGUAGAGUUCGCCGUUGAAGCCAUCGCGAAGGCCUGCUACGAGAAGAUGUUUAAGUGGUUGGUGAACCGAAUCAACAGAUCGUUGGACCGAACGAAACGCCAGGGUGCUUCGUUCAUUGGUAUUCUGGAUAUGGCCGGUUUCGAAAUCUUCGAAUUGAACUCCUUUGAACAGUUGUGUAUCAAUUACACGAACGAAAAGUUGCAGCAACUGUUCAAUCACACUAUGUUCAUCCUGGAGCAGGAAGAAUAUCAACGUGAAGGCAUCGAGUGGAAGUUCAUUGAUUUCGGGUUGGAUCUGCAGCCGACCAUUGACUUGAUCGACAAACCAGGUGGUAUCAUGGCUCUUCUGGACGAAGAAUGUUGGUUCCCGAAGGCAACGGAUAAAACAUUCGUAGAAAAGUUGGCUACUGCCCACACCAUGCAUCCCAAGUUCAUGAAGACCGAUUUCCGAGGAGUUGCCGAUUUUGCUGUGGUCCACUACGCUGGCAAGGUUGACUAUUCGGCCAACAAGUGGUUGAUGAAGAACAUGGACCCGUUGAAUGAGAAUAUCGUCUCGUUAUUGCAAGGUUCGCAGGAUCCGUUCGUGGUUCAAAUCUGGAAAGAUGCCGAGAUUGUGGGAAUGGCUCAGCAGGCACUUACCGACACCCAGUUUGGUGCCCGUACUCGUAAGGGUAUGUUCCGAACAGUUUCCCAUCUGUACAAGGAACAACUGGCCAAGCUUAUGGACACCCUGCGCAACACUAAUCCCAACUUUGUGCGUUGUAUAAUCCCGAACCACGAAAAGCGUGCUGGUAAGAUCGAUGCUCCUCUGGUUCUGGAUCAGUUGCGUUGCAAUGGUGUUCUGGAAGGUAUCCGUAUCUGCCGUCAGGGCUUCCCCAAUCGUAUUCCUUUCCAGGAGUUCCGUCAGCGAUACGAGUUGCUUACCCCGAACGUAAUUCCGAAAGGUUUCAUGGAUGGUAAGCGUGCUUGCGAACAAAUGAUCAAAGCACUAGAAUUGGACAACAAUCUUUUCCGUAUUGGUCAGUCCAAGAUCUUCUUCCGUGCUGGCGUGUUAGCUCAUCUGGAAGAGGAGCGUGACUACAAAAUCACGGACUUGAUUGUGAACUAUCAAGCUUUCUGUCGUGGUUUCCUAGCUCGUCGCAACUACCAGAAACGUCUGCAACAGCUUAAUGCCAUUCGAAUCAUCCAACGAAACUGUGCUGCCUAUUUGAAGUUACGCAACUGGCAAUGGUGGAGAUUGUACACCAAGGUCAAGCCAUUAUUGGAAGUUACCAAGCAAGAGGAGAAACUAGUCCAAAAGGAGGAUGAACUACGACAAAUACGCGACAAGUUGGAAAACUUGUCGAAGAACUCACAGGAAUAUGAAAAGAAGUUCCAGCAAGCGUUAGAGGAGAAAACUCAUCUAGCUGAACAACUGCAGGCCGAAAUCGAACUGUGCGCGGAAGCUGAAGAAGGGCGUGCUCGAUUGGCUGCUCGCAAACAAGAGCUGGAAGAGCUUAUGCAAGAUCUGGAGGCUCGUAUCGAAGAAGAGGAAGAACGAGUGAAUGCGUUGACUAACGAGAAGAAAAAGCUGCAGAUCAACAUUCAAGACCUGGAAGAACAGCUAGAAGAGGAGGAAGCGGCUCGACAGAAACUGCAACUGGAGAAGGUACAGUUGGACGCUAAACUGAAAAAAAUGGAAGAAGAUGUCGCUCUCACUGAUGAUCAGAAUCAAAAGUUGUCUAAAGAAAAGAAAAUAUUAGAAGAACGUGCCAACGAUUUGUCGCAGACUCUUGCCGAAGAAGAGGAAAAAGCCAAGCAUUUGUUAAAACUUAAGACCAAGCAUGAAUCCACCAUUGCCGAGCUGGAGGAGCGAUUGUUAAAGGACCAUCAACAGCGCCAAGAAUCGGACCGUUCCAAGCGAAAAAUUGAAACCGAAGUGGCUGACCUCAAGGAGCAGAUCAACGAGCGUCGCGUUCAGAUCGAAGAAAUGCAACAGCAACUCAUCAAACGUGAGGAAGAACUUGCACAAACAUUGGUACGAAUCGAUGAGGAAUCGGCUUCCAAGGCCGCCGCUCAGAAAGUACAACGGGAGCUUGAAUCACAACUGGCCGAGAUCCAAGAAGAUUUGGAAGCCGAGAAGUUGGCUCGUGCUAAGGCCGAAAAGCAGAAGCGCGAUUUGAACGAAGAACUGGAAGCUCUUAAAAAUGAACUUCUCGAUUCCCUGGACACCACUGCUGCACAACAAGAGUUGCGUUCCAAGCGCGAGGUGGAAGUGGCCACCCUCAAAAAAGCUCUGGAAGAAGAAACCGUCAACCACGAGGGUCAGAUGUCGGAUAUGCGACACAAACAUGCCCAGGAAGUAUCGACAAUCAACGAGCAACUGGAGAAUCUCAAAAAGGUCAAAGCCGGGCUGGACAAGGCCAAACAAACCUUGGAAGCCGAGAAUGCCGAUUUGGCCACGGAACUACGCAAUGUGAACCAAUCCCGACAGGAAAACGACCGACGUCGGAAGCAAGCCGAAGCACAAAUCGCUGAAUUGCAGGUGAAACUUGCUGAGGUGGAGCGUACUCGGUUGGAGCUGUCAGACAAGGUGACUAAAUUGCAGCAGGAAUCGGAGAAUAUUACCCAGCAGUUGGAUGAGGCCGAGCUUAAGGCUUCUGCUGCUAUCAAGAGUGCCAGUAAUAUGGAGAGCCAGCUGACAGAAGCACAGCAAUUGUUGGAGGAAGAAACUCGCCAGAAAUUGGCCCUCAGCUCGAAGCUUCGUCAGUUAGAAAGCGAAAAAGAAGCGCUCCAAGAGCAACUAGAAGAGGAUGAGGAAGCCAAGAAGAAUUACGAGAAGAAGCUGGCUGAACUCAACAUAACCAUCCAGGACAUGAAGAAACGUUCUGAAGAGGAUUCUGACCUUGCCAAGGAGCUUGAAGAGUCGAAGAAGAAGAUGAACAAAGAUAUCGAAACUUUGCAACGACAGAUCCAGGAGCUUCAGGCUACCAACGAUCGAUUAGACAAGAGCAAGAAGAAGAUCCAAUCGGAGCUUGAGGAUGCCACCAUCGAGCUUGAAACGCAACGAACCAAGGUCUUGGAGUUGGAGAAGAAACAAAAGAACUUCGACAAAGUGCUUGCCGAGGAGAAGGCCGUCAGUGAGACGCUGGCCCAGGAGCGCGAUGCUGCCGAACGGGAAGCGCGCGAGAAGGAAACCAAGGUCCUCUCACUAACCCGGGAGCUGGACGAAGCAUACGAAAAAAUCGACGACCUGGAGGGCAAGCGAAAGGCCUUGCAGAACGAGCUCGAUGAGUUGGCUAACACACAGGGAACAGCCGACAAGAACGUUCACGAACUGGAGAAAGCCAAACGUGCUUUGGAGAGUCAGUUGGCUGAGCUGAAGGCACAAAACGAGGAACUCGAGGAUGAUUUGCAGCUCACUGAGGACGCCAAGCUUCGGUUGGAAGUAAACAUGCAGGCCUUGCGCGCACAAUUUGAGCGAGACAUCCAGGCCAAGGAAGAGCAAUCGGAAGAGAAACGCCGAGGUUUGGUCAAGGCGUUGCGCGAUAUGGAAGCCGAACUGGAUGAAGAACGGAAACAACGAGCUGCCGCUGUAGCUGCCAAGAAAAAACUAGAAGGCGAUCUUAAAGACAUUGAAGCUACGCUCGAAAUGAACAACAAGUUGAAGGAAGAUGCUCUCAAGCAGGCGAAGAAACUUCAGGCACAGGUUAAGGAUGCCAUCCGGGACGCAGAAGAAGCUAAAGCUGCCAAGGAAGAAUUGGCCGCCGUUAGUAAAGAGGCAGAACGAAAAGUGAAAGCACUAGAAGCGGAAACCAUGCAACUAUCGGAGGACUUCGCCAGUUCAGAACGGGCACGUAGAGCCGCAGAAGCUGAACGCGAUGAACUUCUGGAAGAAAUCAACUCCAACUCCAACAAAAACUCACUAGCAAUCGACGAGAAGAGGCGGUUAGAAGCUCGAAUUGCUGCCCUGGAGGAAGAAUUGGAAGAGGAACAAUCGAACGGCGAGCUGCUGGUCGAUCGCAACCGCAAGGCACAACUCACCAUCGAACAAAUUACCACCGAACUGCAGGCCGAAAAAUCUAACUCUCAAAAGUACGAAAAUGUUAAAACUGCCCUGGAACGGCAAAACAAGGAACUGAAGGCCAAACUUUCCGAGCUGGAAACUGCUCAGCGCACCAAGGUGAAGGCAGCCAUGGCCAGCCUGGAAGCCAAGAUCGCCAACCUCGAGGAACAGCUGGAGAAUGAAGCCAAGGAACGGCUCUCCGGCCAGAAGGCAAAUCGCAAGCUGGAAAAGAAGAUCAAGGAGCUGACGAUGAACAUCGAAGACGAACGGCGGCACGCCGACCAGUACAAGGAACAGAUUGAGAAGAUGAACAACCGCAUGAAAACGUUGAAGCGAAAUCUCGACGAGGCGGAGGAAGAAAUCCAGAAAGAGAAAACUCAGAAGCGGAAGGCACAGCGUGAAUGCGAAGACAUGCUCGAAAGCCACGAAGCGCUCUCUCGGGAGGUGAACUCGCUCAAAACGAAACUAAGACGCGGCGGUCUCGGCGUUAGCUCGUCCCGGUUGACGACCCCCAAGCGCGAGAACAACGACUCGAUGGUGCAGGACGAAUCGAUCGAUGGCGAGGACAACAGCAAUUGACGACUGACCAGAAGUACCACGUCUUCCAACUAUCUUUCCAACUACAACUACUAGCCUAGACGCUAGUGGUCCACUUGUUUCGGGAGGAAAGCAAGGGUGUGAAAGUGAAAGACAGGAUGCGCAGGCGACGGAAAGACGACGACCGUACACAAUUUGUAACACAAGUAGCAGCAGCAGCAGAGUCAAUAGCAAGCAGUCGAGAACGAAUGUGAAGUGUCUUUUUUAACAAAAAUUUAUUACAGAAAAAACGAAUAAAAAUUAAUCUGAGAAUGUGUGUAGCACGAGUCGGUUAAUACAUGUGUACUGACACAAGCAGUUUUUGCUACAACCUUAUCAUCAAUCUAACAGGCAGAAUCGAGUGUCGGGUGGUAGAUUUGCUCCGGAGUGAUCGAUGGAACAGUUAAAUCCGAAUUGGUUUUUAUGCAUGUAAUUAGAAAAAAUAAACACUUGAAAUAGCUGGGCCCCUUAAAAUUAAAUAAGAGUUUCUAGCUAGUAAGGAAUAAUCAAUUUUCCUACAACAUCAAACGAGAAAAAAUAUUGAAAAAAAACUACAUAACACCCCACCCAGACAGGUGAACAAUUCAAGCAAUGAACUUAAAAAUCAAAGGAUCCAUUAACCAUUUUCGACAUUCACAUUUUUUAAGAAACAUUAAUAGCCAGAUAAGCAAAGCGAAUACUAGAAGCCACAUUCUGAGAGCGCCCAUUGGUUUUAACCCAUUAUCAUAUUGAAGAGCAAAAAAAGCAAACAACAGGAACGAGUGUAAGGAAAAAUCAAUACAAGUAGUGAACCGAAAGGAGCAUUUAAAUACGUUUAUAUAUGUUACGAAAAUUUAUUGUUUUUAAUUAUUGAAGUAAAAAAUAAUUACCUUUCUGUAUUUUUGAAAUGUCAUUAAGUUUUCCUCCAAACUUUACUCUUAAAGCAGCUUCUGCAGAAACACAACGUGGAGGGUAAUUCCAUUUUUUUCAUCACAAGGCGCAGCCUGUGCGUUUUUGGAAAAUAAAUUCAAAAAAAAAAACGACGAAUCUUGAUCAUGUAUUUCGUAUUCAACUAGCAACAGAAAAAAACGAAAGUAUUCCCGCGAUAAUAAUAGUUUCUAUCGAAUAAAAACAGCCAUUCUAUACAACAAAAUAAAAUAACGAAAAAAAAACGAAAGGAAAACAACUUAUUCUGGCUAAGAGAAGCCUGGUACUCGGCAGGAGUAAAAAAAAUGUUCGCUUUUUAUAUAUCAUCAUUAUUAUUAUUAUUAUGACUAUUAUCAUUAAAAAAUAGUAGCAAAACAGCAUGCGGAACAGUCUCUAGUUGAACCCCGUAUGGAAGGAAGCCCGUUAAAAAUAAACACAAAAAAAAAAAACAAGUAUUGCAAACCAGA